AUGGAGGAGGUCAAAGCCCAUGUGGCAUCCCGUUUUGCUUUGCACAUUUCUCAUUUUUCAAGGGAAUUGAUAAAUUUGUCGUUAGCAUAUUUUUACUAUAAAAAGCAACCAAGUAGUGACAUUCUAGAUGGGGCGGUCAAAAUUUUGUGGCAUGCUUUAACUGGGAGAGAAAGAGAGUUGGUGCAAUGCGACAACGACCCGUAUGUGCUUGGAGUUGUAGCGUACGCCUUCUACUGCGUUGGCAGCCACAAGUUGGAUCAUGUUCUCGAUGCAUUGUACAAGUUCGCCUUAAUCGAUGACGAGAAAACCCACUGGAAGCAGCCGAUGCCGCACGAUCAGGAAGAAGAUGCCUGGUUGCUGAAGGAGUUUGCAAGCCCCUACGACAUCGAGUUGACCUCCUACGUGCUCCUCUUGCGGGCCAGCCAGAAGAAUCUAAACCUCUCCCUGCCCAUCGCUAGGUGGCUCAUCGGGCAGAUGAGUGGCAUCGGAGGGUUUGUCUCGACACAGGAUACGGUGCUGGCAUUGGAAGCCCUUACAAAAUUUGCUCCACUUGUUUCAUUCGUGGAAAAGAGCAAAGGAACUAAAAUAAAAAUAUCGGGAGAUGUCAGUGGGGAUGUUCAUAAACUGCCUGUUGUGAACAAAAAUAAUCUGCUUCAGUUGCAAACUGUUCAGUUGAACGAGCUCACGAGAAGAAUCAAUGUAUCGGCUGAAGGUGACGGAUUCAUCUUGCUGCAAAUGACAAACCUACGAAAUACUUGCAGUUGGAUGGGCAACGAAACAAGUGGCAUGGUCAUUGUGGAGAUUGACAUUCCAACUGGUUUUCUGUUGAAAGAUCCAGAAGAAUACAAAAGAAAACUGCAGUCCUCAGUUUUUCCAAAAGUUGAAUUUACUCCGCAAAAGAUUGUUGUUUAUUUGGCUGAGUUAUAUUCAGCGUCCACUGAGUUCAGAACAACUCUGGAGCAAGUGCUCAGCGUUCAUAGCGUGAAACCUGCCCUCGUGCAAGUGUACAGAUACUACCAGCCAAGGUUUGAAAUUUUUAUAUUGACAGAUGAAAGAGUUUCAGAGUUUUAUUCGCCCCUCGAAAAAAAGAGUUGGGUGUCCACGUGUCCGCAGUGCUCCAUAGCACAGGAAAAUAUCGUUCGGAAAUCUCAGGAUAAAAUGAUUUUUUAA